CUUCAGGACAGCGUUGUGGCAGUCCCCCAUCUCUUCUCUCUUGAUUCUUCCCUGAACCCCGGAGGAAGGAUACAGUCAUCAUGUCGUUGUCUAUGCCCGGUCCCUCCCAGGCUGGUCUCUUCAAGCCUGGGUAUCAGAGUCAUGAUGCCGAAGACGGUGCGGUCAUCCGCAACAUCGAAGCCUGCCAGGCCAUCGCCCAGACUGUCCAAACGUCGCUUGGCCCGUACGGUCGCAACAAGAUCGUGAUCAACCACCUGCAGAAGAUGAUCCUCACCUCCGAUGCGGCCACAAUCCUGCGCGAGCUGGAUGUUGUUCACCCCGCUGCCAAGUUGCUCGUGAUGGCGAGUCAACAGCAGGACUCGGAGAUGGGUGACGGCACCAACCUGGUCAUCAUUCUGGCUGGAGAGUUGCUGAAGAAGGCCGAGGAGUUGUUGCGCAUGGGAUUGAAGACCAGCGAUAUUGUGCAAGGUUAUGAGAAGGCUCAGAACUACGCUCUCGGAGUCCUGGAAGAACUCGAGGUCGAUCGCCUCCAGGAGCUUCGCUCUGAAGCUGAACUCAGCAAGGCUCUUCGUACAGUCGUCGCCAGCAAGCAGUCCGGAACCGAAGACCUCCUGGCCUCGUUGGUUGCGGAGGCAGUCCUCGCCGUUCUGCCCCGGAACCCCGCUAACUUCAACGUCGAUAACGUGCGUGUGGUGAAGAUCAUGGGUGGUAGCUUGGAGCAGUCUCGUGUCAUCAAGGGUAUGGUUCUUGGCAGGGAGCCCGAUGGUGUGAUCAAGAAGGCCACCAAGGCGAAGGUCGGUGUCUUCAGCUGCCCCAUUGAUAUCUCUCAGACCGAGACCAAGGGCACCGUUCUUCUCAAGAGCGCGCAGGAGAUGUUGGACUUCACAAAGGGUGAGGAGGAGCGUCUGGAGGCGGCCAUCAAGGAGCUCUACGACUCUGGUCUUCGUGUCGUUGUUUGCGGUUCCACCGUCGGUGAUCUGGCCAUGCACUACCUGAACCGCUUCAACAUCCUCGUUAUCAAGAUCCUGUCCAAGUUCGAGCUGCGCCGACUCUGCCGUGUGGUGGGUGCCACCCCUCUCGCUCGUCUGGGUGCCCCCAUGCCCGAUGAGAUGGGCUCUAUCGACGUUGUCGAGACCACCGAGAUUGGUGGUGACCGUGUCACUGUCUUCCGCCAAGAAGAUGCCAACGCCGUUACUCGCACAUCUACCAUUGUCCUGCGUGGUGCCACUCAGAACCACCUGGAUGACGUUGAACGUGCCAUUGACGACGGUGUCAAUGCAGUCAAGGCCAUCACCAAGGAUUCCCGUUUGGUCCCUGGUGCCGGUGCUACUGAGAUCCAACUUGUUGAGAAGAUCUCUGCAUUCGCUGACCGGACUCCCGGAUUGCCCCAGCACGCCAUUCGCAAGUACGCCGAGGCUUUUGAGGUGAUCCCUCGUACUUUGGCGGAGUCUGCCGGUCUGGACGCCACUGAGGUCCUCUCUCGUCUUUACACUGCCCACCAUCAUACCAGCACCAACGCCGAAUCGUCAGAGGAUUCCUCGGAGGAAGAAGGUAGCUCCGGGGAGGAGCCUUAUUGGACCACUGGUGUGGACCUGGAGGCGAGCACCCCGUCUGGCACCCUCGACACUGUGGAGGAGGGUAUUCUGGACUUGCUGGCGUCCAAGAGCUGGGCCAUCCGCCUCGCUAGUGAGUCCGCACGGACGGUCCUCAGCGUCGAUCAGAUUAUCGUUGCUCGACAGGCGGGCGGACCCAAGCCUCCGGGUCCUAACCCCAACUGGGACGAGGACUAAAUGUAAGGCGGAGAGCAGUAUAUUCAAUGUGGUCCAAAACGCAAAAAUGUGAUAGAGACACGAUAAUCAUGAACGUCAGCUGGCCCGACAUGUCGGGAGUGUAUAAUGCCUUGUGAGGUAGUGGUAAUAUUGUCCAUGUUGAUACCUUGGGCCGAAAUUGGGUGGCCGAUCUACUGAGAUUGUUCCAACUCGAGCUGGCAGUAAACCCUUGCACCUUCUCUAGCUGCGUUUAA